AUGGAAUCUAACAAGACAUACAAUCCGUUGCCCGAUUUCGAUAGUGACGAUUUACCAAUUGGUUACGUUGGCGCAACGAUGAUGCCAGGUCCAAUCAUCUCACUUCCAAGGGAACAUGAUAAAGUAAGACAUGUCGGUAAAGAUAAUCAACCUGAUACCGGUUCGUGUGAUGAAGUUAAGAAGGAGACAACUGGAGAUGAUACAAUUAAAGAAUAUGAAAAACCAUCCUAUGUUCAUGGUGCAAAAGAUAGCGUUGCUGGAUCUUUGAAGGAAGCCAUCGGUUAUGCUGCGAAGAAGAAGGAAAUGGUAGAUAAGGGAAGAGAACAAAAAGAGAGCGGAAAACGUGAAGUCAAAAAUUCUCGACAAGAGGAUAUAUAUGAUAAUAAAUUUGAGUAA